CAUCGGCGUCAGUCGAGUUCUUGCAGCUGUGACCUGACGAUGCCUCUUUCUUGGAGGCCUCUUUUGCUGCUUUUUGUUUCGACUUUUGGCCUCUCAGCUGGUGCUGAUCUAUUCAGUAACUCGUUCCUCGUCAAGUUUCGCAGAGAUGUCGACCCGGAGGAGGCGCACGAGGUGGCUUCCAGGCAUGGCUUCGUCAACAUGGGACCGCUUCUCGGAUCGAAAAAAGAAUAUCAUUUCGUAAACCACGCGAUUCCUGUCGCCAGGACCAAGAGGAGCAUCCCACACAUGAGAAAACUGAAGGUGGAUCCGUUGAUUCAUACGGCUGUCCAGCAGCCAGGUUUUAUUCGGGUGAAAAGAGGGUAUAAACCACUAAAAGUAGAAAACCUCGUGAGAAAUAUACAGCCACACAGGGACCCCACUGAUCCGUAUUUUCCAUUCCAAUGGUAUUUGAAGAAUACUGGUCAGAACGGCGGAAAAGCUAAAUUGGACUUGAACGUAGAAGCUGCUUGGGCUCAGGGAGUGACAGGAAAAAAUAUUACCACAGCGAUUAUGGAUGACGGAGUCGACUACAUGCAUCCAGAUUUAAAGUACAACUACAAUGCGAAAGCCAGCUACGAUUUCAGCAGUAAUGAUCCUUUUCCUUAUCCUCGCUAUACAGACGACUGGUUUAACAGUCACGGAACAAGAUGUGCGGGAGAAGUAGCAGCUGCCAGGGAUAAUGGCAUAUGUGGUGUCGGUGUCGCCUACGACUCAAAAAUAGCAGGCAUUCGAAUGCUUGAUCAACCCUACAUGACUGAUUUAAUCGAGGCCAAUUCGAUGGGCCACGAGCCGGGCUUGAUCGACAUAUAUAGCGCCUCCUGGGGGCCGACCGACGAUGGGAAGACUGUAGAUGGACCAAGAAACGCCACGAUGAGGGCCAUCGUCAGGGGCGUGAAUGAGGGACGUAGUGGCUUGGGAAACAUUUACGUAUGGGCAAGUGGCGACGGAGGAGAGGAUGAUGACUGCAAUUGCGAUGGGUACGCUGCCAGUAUGUGGACCAUUAGCAUAAAUAGUGCCAUCAACGAUGGACAGAAUGCGCAUUACGACGAGAGCUGCUCCUCGACGCUUGCUUCCACAUUUAGUAAUGGGGCGAAGGAUCCCAACACGGGCGUCGCAACGACGGAUUUAUACGGCAAGUGUACGACAACACACUCUGGAACAUCAGCAGCUGCCCCGGAGGCGGCAGGUGUUUUCGCGCUAGCGUUAGAGGCAAACAACAAUUUAACGUGGAGGGACGUACAGCAUUUGACAGUAUUGACCUCGAAGAGGAAUUCCCUGUUCGAUGCAAAAGGGCGCUUCCACUGGACCAUGAACGGAGUUGGGUUGGAGUUUAACCACCUUUUUGGGUUUGGAGUUCUGGAUGCUGGUGCCAUGGUGGCUCUUGCCAAGCAGUGGAAGACUGUGCCGCCGCGGUUUCACUGUGAAGCGGGGUCUGUUACAGAAGUUCAAAAAAUCCCGUCAUCUAAAGCUCUCAUUAUGAAAAUUACGACCAACGCAUGCCAAGACGAAAGCACCGAAGUGCGUUACCUGGAACACGUACAGGCUGUCCUCACGGUGAAUGCAAGUCGACGUGGAGAUCUGGAACUAUUUUUGACGUCACCGAUGGGCACAAGAUCCAUGAUUUUGAGUAGACGACAAAAUGACGACGACUCGAGGGACGGUUUUACAAAGUGGCCUUUCAUGACGACCCAUACAUGGGGAGAGUAUCCUCAAGGUACCUGGUUGCUCGAGGCAAGCUUCAACUCGCAGUUACCACAAACAGGAUUUGUGAAAGAAUGGUCUCUAAUGCUCCAUGGCACAAGAGAUCCGCCGUACACAGAAUUGUCAGUUUUAGAUCCUCAUUCUAAGCUCGCUAUAGUUAAAAAGGCUCAUGAAAAUCGAAUGAAAAUGUAAUUUCUGUGACUUUUAUUUAUUGAUUUAUUUAACUUUUUCGUUCGACAUAUGUAUUUCUGAAGUUGUACGGUAUUAAAACCUACAUUCCAUAUUUGUUGAAAUUUUAUAAAGAUCGAUAUAUUUUUAAGUAGAAUGUAGUGGUAUACCAAUAUUAAUAAAUCCAUCAAUCUCUAACUGUACUGUAAUAUAAGCAUGUGAUUAUACUUUAAAUAAGUAUAUGAUAUCAACAAAAUUAUUGUAUUUUAUUUUUACAAAUGUUGUACAAUGACGAUGACAAGAGCUUAUAUUUUGUAUAGGUGAUUAUUAAUUUAUACAUUAUUUGUUACAGUGCAAUAUAUCGACUCAGAUAGAUUUGUACAAAAGAUGUAAAUUGUUUUCAAUAUUAUAAAUAGGUAGGUAACAUAAAGAGAACAUUAUUUUAAAUUGUUAUUUCGCUUGCUUCAGCUGGCUGACAACUGUAAAUAAAAUUAGAAUUUAACCAAUUUUCAAUUAUGGUUUGAUUUAAAAAUAAACUUUUAUUUACUUUAAAA